AUGUCCGCCCUUCCUAUCGCCCCGCGUCAGCUCUUCUAUGAUGGUCAGGUCCAGUCGGCCUCGUCCGGCAAGACGUUUCAAACCGUCAAUCCGUCCAAUGCUACCGUGCUGGCCGAAAUCCACGUCGCUUCGCAUGCCGAUGUAGAUGCCGCCAUUGCCGCCGCUGACCGUGCAUUUCAUUCUUGGUCCCAAACUCCUCCGAUUAUCCGGGCGCGCAUUCUUCAGAAGGCUGCCGCUCUCCUACGGGAACGCAAUGAUGAAAUCGCUCGGGUUGAAGCGCUAGACUCCGGGAAGGCAUACACGGAGACAAGUACGGUCGAUGUCGUCACGGGUGCCGAUGUGUUGGAAUACUAUGCCAAUCUGGUUGGCGGCGGAGGUUUGAAUGGAGAAACCACACAACUGAGGCAGGACGCUUGGGUGUUUACCAAGAAGGCUCCAUUAGGGGUCUGUGCGGGAAUUGGUGCAUGGAAUUAUCCGAUCCAGAUUGCCCUCUGGAAAUCGGCCCCGUGCCUCGCAGCGGGCAACACCAUGGUCUACAAACCCAGUGAAUUCACCCCGCUUCAUGCACAGACUCUCGCCGAGGUUUACCGGGAAGCUGGUCUCCCCGCGGGCGUGUUUAAUAUCGUGUACGGGGCAGGUGACGUCGGUGCCUACUUGACCUCUCACCCCACCAUUGCCAAGGUCUCCUUCACUGGCCAGGUAUCAACCGGCAUGAAGGUUGCCGGCUCCGCUGCCGGUAACAUGAAAUACGUGACCAUGGAGCUGGGAGGCAAGAGUCCCCUGAUCGUUCUUCCGGAUGCCGAACUGGAAAACGCCAUAGACGGGGCGAUGAUGGCCAAUUUUUACAGCACAGGCCAAGUUUGCACAAAUGGCACCCGUGUCUUCGUGCCGACAAGCAUGAAGUCCGCUUUUGAAAAGCGUCUCCUGGAAAAGAUGCAGUACAUCCGCCCGGGGCAUCUAUUCGAUGAGAGCACGAACUUUGGCCCAUUGAGCUCCGCCGGCCAUCUCGAGAAGGUCACGGCCUACAUCCGCCACGGCAUCGAGACAGACAAAGCUACUCUUCUCUAUGGUGGGCUCGGCAAGCCACAGGUUCCGAAGGAGUUGGAGGAUGGGUUCUGGGUUCGCCCCACUAUAUUCACCGACUGCACGGACAGCAUGAAGAUCGUCCAGGAAGAGAUUUUCGGUCCAGUGAUGUCGAUUUUGUCCUACGAGACUGUCGAAGAAGCGGUCAAGCGGGCCAAUACUACUGAAUUGGGUCUGGCAGCCGGCAUCUUUACCAAAGAUCUUAAUGGCGCGCACCGUAUCAUCGAUCAGCUCCAAGCUGGUAUUACCUGGGUGAACACCUGGGGAGAGAGUCCGGCCGAGAUGGCUGUUGGCGGAUGGAAGAAGAGCGGUGUUGGUGUCGAGAAUGGCCGCAGAGGUAUUGAGGCCUGGGUGAAAAACAAGAGCACUCUCGUGGAAAUGAGCGGAGAGGUUGCUACGGUUUUUGCCAAGCUAUAA